GAGGGUGAGUGAAGGGUUAAAAAAGCCUGCUCUGCCUGUGAGAUUCCUCCCCCUUUGUGUGACUCAUCAAAACAGGAAGCAGGAAGUGCUCUCCUCAGCUGAACACGUCUAUCUGUCACAAGAUCUUGGUUGUGAGAGUAAAACAAGCAGCUCUAAGUGUGAGAAUGGCAGGCAGGCACUCGCUCCCCGAGGUGGACCUCUCCUGUCCAAUCUGCUGCGAUAUCUUCCGGGACCCCGUGGUCCUCAAGUGCAGCCACAGCUUCUGCGACCCCUGCCUGAAGCGGUACUGGACCCAGGGCUCUCGGAGCCGAGACUGCCCCCUGUGCAGGACCCAGAGCGUGGACGAACCCGUGGCCAGCCUCACCCUGAAGAACCUGUGCGAGGCGUACGCCCAGGAGAGCGAGGGUCUGGAGGAAACGGCGGGGGAGCUGUACUGUGACCCCGGGGAGAUGUGUCCUCUUCACGGGGAGAGGCUCAAGCUCUUCUGCGUGCCCGAUAAGCAGCCUAUCUGCGUGGUUUGCCACACCUCCAGGAAGCACAAACAGCACGACUGCUGCCCUGUCAGCGAGGCGAUCGUAGAUGUGAAGGAGAAACUGAAGACUGCCGUCAGCUCAUUGCAGGAGAAGAAGGAUGCUUUUGACAAAAUGAAGUUAAGCUAUGAGGACACCGUGGCGUACAUUCAGGUCCAGGCUCAGUUUGUGGAGAGGCGGACCCGGGAGGAGUUUGAAAAGCUCCACAGCUUCCUGGACGCCGAGGAGGAGGCCAGGAUGGAGGCGCUGAGGGAGGAGGAGGAGCAGAAGAGACGAGCGUUGAUGGAGAAGAUCGAGGAAAUUAACCGAAACAUAACGUCUGUUUCUGAAUCCAUCAGGGGUUUAGAGGAAGAGAUAGCUCUGGAGGGCAUCUCUGUCCUUCAUAAAUGCAAGAGGACAUUGGCAAGAGUUAACAGCCCAAUAGAAGAUCCAGUUAUGGAUCCCGGAGCUCUCCUAGAUGUGGCCAAAUAUCUUGGCUCUCUGAACUUCCAAGUGUGGGAGAAGAUGCAUAAAAAAGUCAAAUUCACCCCAGUGACUCUGGACCCCAACACCGCUGCCCCGUGGCUCGUCCUGUCAGACGACCUCACCAGCGUCCGUGACAGCGAUGAGAAGCAGAAGCUGCCCGACAACCCGGAGAGGUUCGACCCCGACACGGGCGUGCUGGGCAGCGAGAGCUUCGCCUCGGGCAAGCACGCCUGGGACGUCAACGUGGGGGAUAACACGGCGUGGGUCGUCGGCGUGGCUAAGGAAUCCGUCCAGAGGAAGGAGAAAGUGUCCUCGGUGCUGAAGAACGGCUACCUGUCUGUGUACUUUUACCACAAAAUGUACUUUGCAGGCACCUCUCCUUUAACGAGGCUCAACCUGAAGAGGAACCCGCAGAGGAUCAGAGUGCUGCUGGACUGUGACAAAGGCCGGGUGUGUUUCUACGACCCGCGCGACAACACGCACAUCUACACCUUCAAGCACGCCAUCACCGAGAGAGUCUUCCCGUACUUCUGGGUGGGCUGUCAGCAGUGUCCUCUGACGGUGGAGCCGCUGGAGGUUUCUGUGAAAGCUGCUGAAUAUUUCUGAAAGUACAUUUUCCCUCUUCACAACUUUUCUUCAGCACAUAAAGGGACUUUGUUGAAUUUCACAGAGUACGAGGAGAACGCUCCGAAUCCAAAAUCAGAUUGCAUAAAUUCAGCACUUUCUUUCCAGUGACCUACAACAUUUUCCAGUUUAAAACAUAAUACAUACUUUAGUUUUGUCUGUACACAAUUUGAUAUAUACAAUGACUAUAACAAGGUCCUGCUAUUUCUUUAAAAUUGUUAAUGCAAAACACAGUCUGCUAGCAAAAUGUGUGUUUUUAAAAAGUAACCGGAAGUGUGGCAACGUUUGUAACAUGAUACUGAAUGUGCAUG